AUGCGCAGCGGAGUGUCGUUCUGUGACAUUUUUAGUUUUCUUUUCUCAGGAAAGAUUUUGUAAUCCUGAGAGUUGGCGGUAGGCUCCCUGAAGCCUAAAAAAAAGUUUUUCUGAGCUUUUUUUUUAGCAGCUCCUUUUUUUGAAUUGAGAAAAAAAAAUCAGGAAAUUCUAUAUAAAAAGUUGAGAAACAACUGGCCGUCUAGUAGCUCUGUUUAUAUUUUUUAAACUUGAUUUAUAAUAUUUUUAUCACGUUUUAAAACGGUUUUUUUUUAUGUUUAUCCACAAUUAUGUUACAUUUUCUGACUUUUUUUUUCCUUGUAUGAAGAAAUAAAGUGUUUAGUUCAACUUGAAAUUCAAAAAACGAGAAACGUUUGAGUUUCUCCUUCAUUUCUUAUCCCACGUUCGUCCCGAACUUCUCCGACCAUUUCUUCUAGGUAUAUCCUAUUCUUUUCUGAAAUUGUCCAGUCUAUUUUGUUGAGCGAGGGUAAUCAGACCUCGAAAACUACCAAAAAGGGCUUUCAUUAGUAACGCCAGAGUGGUCCCUAUAGGGGCAACCUUAGGGCCCUUGAAGGUCCCCUCUAGGGACCACUUUACCUCCCCUUAAAAGGGUACUGAAACUUGCAAAGGCGGCCCACAAAGUGGUCAUUAUAGGGGAGAAAGCGUUAUUGUUAUGAAUUUUUAAAGAACCCUAUAGUGACCACAUAAAUUUGACCCCCGUAGGAGUUGACCCUAGUCCCUAUAGGGGCCACUCUGGCGUCCUGUUCGUCUCGGAAAAUUCUCGAAUGAUCCUUCAAGAAGCUCAGCGAGGAUUUUGAAAAAAAACUAUGAGUAUGAAAUUUUUUGAAAUUUUUAAAGGCGCAGAAGAGAUUGUAAAAAAGGUCCUGAAGCGAAAAAGACAUUUUUCUUGUUUUUGAACAGAAUGGACUAUAACAUUUUCAUUUCAGUUAUGGAAGAGGAUGGUUCGCGAAGCGAUAAAUCCAACAAGAUUCGUAAGGCGAUAAAGGUUCCUUAUACAAAAUAAAACUAUUUUUUAUGAACUAUUUAAGAAAAAAGCAACAUUCUGGUCAUCGAAAUCGAAACAACAAACGAACAAAUUAUCACCCGAUGGCAAAAAUUCGGGCGGUGUGGAUCGGCUGGCAAUCGAACACAACAAGCGGAUGAGUGUGGGACUUUUUUUGCCAGUUUUUGGCAGUUUUCAUCGUUUUUCUUCUAAGAAAAUCUACAAAAUCAUACUUGAAAAACUUAUAUAUUUUUUGAAUAUAGCUGGAAGUUCUUUUGCACAGGCAAAAUCGGAAGAACGGGAAAAAGGCUCCUUUUUUGCCGCCUUUUUGCGCCAUUUUUUCAACCCUUUUGCACCAUUUUUGCUGCCUCUCCCCUUUUUCCACCAUUUCUUGAGCCUUCGAAAUCCCAGAAAGAUGGAAGGCUCGAUAAAGGGACUCUUUUUGGGCCUUUUUGCGGCCUUUUUGCGACCUUUUUGCAGCGUUUUCGCAGCCUUUUUGCAGCCUUUUCGCAGCCUUUUUGCAGCCUUCUUGCUGCUUUUCUGUUGUCUUUUUGCGGCAUUUUUGCAGCCUUUCUGCAUCCUUUUUGCAGCCUUUUUGCAGCCUUUUUGCAGCUUUUCUGUUGCCUUUUUGCGGCCUUUUUGCAGCCUUUCUGCAACCUUUUUCGAGCCUUCCCUUUUUAGCGGCUAUUCUCCACCGUUCCGACUUUGCCUGUGGUCAAAUUAUACUGGGAUUCUUUUUUACUGCUUCAAAAAUUGAUUUUUUGAAUUUUUCCUGAAUAGAAGAAAAAGUACUGGAUUUUUAUUGGUCGAAAUGGUCGGAAAAGGCUCCAUAGAAAAUUUCCCUAUUUGCUGCCUUUUUGGGUUAUUUUAACGGCAAUUAUGCACCAUUUUUGCUGUCUCUCCCAUUCUUCACCAUUUCUUGAGCCUUAAAAAUCCCAGGAAAAAUGGAAGGCUCGAUAAAGGGACUCUAUUUGCAGCUUUUUUGCAGCCUUUUUGCAGCCUUUUUGCAGCCUUUUCGCAGCCUUUUUGCAGCCUUUUCGCGGCCUUUUUGCAGCCUUCUUGCUGAUUUUCUGUUGCCUUUUUGCGGCAUUUUUGCAGUCUUUCUGCAUCCUUUUUGCAGCCUUUUUGCAGCCUUUUUGCAGCCUUUUUGCGGCCUUUUUGCAGCCUUUCUGCAACCUUUUUCGAGCCUUCCCUUUUUAGCGGCUAUUCUCCACCGUUCGGACUUUGCCUGUGGUCAAAUUAUACUGGGAUUCUUUUUUACUGCUUCAAAAAUUGAUUUUUUGAAUUUUUCUCCAAUAUUUAUUGGUAUAAGUGUAAAUUGAAAUAUUGAAAAAAAGUGUUCUUUGAUCAGAUUUUUGGUAAACUGGAAGAAAAUUUGCUUGAAGGAGAACGUCAGGGGACUAUGUCACCCUCUAGGGGCCACUUAUGUGAGCUUUAGUGGCCCCUAUAGGGGAGAUGAAGUGGUCCCAAGAUAGGAGCCCUAAAGGGUCUCUAAGGAUGCCCCUAUAGGGACCACUCUGAAGUUCCAGAGUAUACCUCAGUUCCUGCUCGAACUUUAUGAUAACUAUUUUUUGAAAACGCAAAUUUUAGUUGAUCAGUCGCACACUGCUCCGCUACCCCUGGUACCACGGAUUGGUACCAAAAAAUGAAGUUGAACUGCUUGUUCCGGUUCGAUUCUUCAAGCUAAAAUUUGUGCAAAGAACACUUUUUUCAGCGGAAUCGCGACUGGUACGUCAGGAUUUCCAGCGAGAAGGGCUUCCGUCUGUUCUGCCUUACCACCAGAGCCGUUGACAAAGUCGUCAAUGUCCAACUUUUCUUUGAGAAACAGUGCUGGACCUACCAACCGCCGUGGAGUAAGGUGACGAUGAAAAAAGUGAAAAAAAUUAUUUUUUGUAAACUCCGUUUUUCGCGACGUGAAAGGCCGGGACUUCUCUGCGCUUUCCUUAUCUCUCGACGUCUCUCUCAUGUUUACGUGCUUUUUCCAUGUUUUUCUGACCCCGGUGAGAGAACAGAGAGACGCAGACACUCGAGAAGUUUCAAGUCGCGGCGAAUGGACUAUACAAUUUUGUAGAGAUCUAGACAAUGAAAUAUGAUUUUUUUGAACUAAAAACUAAAGUUAAACGAAAAAAAAGGGAAAUGAAAACUUUUAGAGAUCGUUAGAACCUAGUAAGCGUGUGAAAUUGAGAGGUUGCCGGAAAAUUCCGCUCCUGUACCCUGCGUAAGCCGGAAGUGCGGAAAACGGGUGCGAAAAGCCCGCUAAAAGAGUUCAGUUUUGCGGCCUUUAUUCAGCCUUCCAUUCUUGGUGGGCUAAAAAGCUUCGAAAAAGGGUGAAGAAAGGGUGCUGAAAGUCUCGGCCAUUGAUUAUUUCCGGUUACUGUAGCACAUUUUGGUGCAUACACAGUCACUGGUGAAGAUUAUUCUCAAUUUAAAACUUUUUGUGGCUUUCAAAAGGGUCCAAAAAGGGUCGAUAAUGGCCGAUGAAAGGACGGAAGAAGGCUGUAAAAAGGAAACCGUUUAGGAACAAUUAAUGGACCCCUUUUGCACCCAUAAUGGACGUUCAAAGGGCCCGUAAAGGGUCCUUGCGAACUUGUCUAUGUAGGCCGUCUUUCGAGUGUCUGCGUCUCUCUGUCCCCUCACCGACGAGGUCAGAGAAACGUGAAAAUAGCGCGGCAACAUGAGAGAGUUGACGAGAGACGAGGAGGGCGCAGAGAAAACUUUUCGCGCAUUUGAAAAAGCUUGCUCUUGGUUGGGCCCGACUUGGAGCGACUUGCGCGAAAACUAGUCAAACCUCUAGGUGUCAUUAGCCAUUCCAAGUUCGACCACGGCUUUCUCGGAUUUAAAAUGAUGCUUAAAAUGUUUGUUUUUUGGAAUCUAUGAAUCAAACAGGAGUGACAAGGGAGCUGAGAUUCUCAGAAGAAUAAAAAAAAACUUUUUCAGUCCCGAGAUUGGUACCCGAAACUCCAUAACCUCAUCGACAAGUUUACCUGCAAUUCGCGGAUUGAAACGGUACAAAAAAAUAAAAUAUUUAUGGAAGAAGAUUUUCAGCCGGUGCUACGGGGACAACACCAUAUCCUUCACGCCAACAUCGUCGUGACUCAGAAAAAAGGAGGUCCUGACAAUUUUGAAUUCUGUAGAUACUGAAUCGUUGAACUCAACGGAGAAGUUCAAAAAAAUAUCAGUUUUAGCCGGCCAAUUCGGCGACGUCUACCGAGCGAUGCUGCACCCAUCCACCAGCCCCAAAGACCAUUGGAUCCAGUGUUCCGUCCAGAAGGCAAGAGGCGCGAUGUCGCCCGAGCAGGCCACGAAAGACUUCCGCGAGGCAAUGCUACUCCGCGGCAUCGUCCAUCCGAACCUCGCCACGAUCCACGGCAUCGCCGACCUCGAAGAUCCCGUCAUGGUCGUCUAUGAGCUGGUCCGAGGCGGGUAUAUCAAGGUUUGUGACGCUAAGCAUGACUGCCAAGUCCUGCGCAAGUUGCUCUGUCUUUGGGGACCAUCGCAUAUUUCUGGGCGCGAUAUCGCGUUUCUCUCGCGCUCAAAAAAUAAAUUGAAAGUUUCAAAAACGCGAUACCACUGCAUUUACAAAGCAGCACUUUUUCGAGGUCUUUAAUGUAUCGACAGGACUAUUUUCUAAUAAAGAUGACUGCCUAGUCCGGCGCGAUAGGAAAGCGUUGACAAACUCGCAAACAUGUCGCUCUGUCAUCGCGUGGUUCUCGCGUAUUUCUAGGCGCGAUAUCGCUUUUCUCCCGCACUCAAACAUUGUUUGAAUGGGAGGUUGCUGAGAAAGGAGCGAUAUCGCGUCGAGCGAGGAAAAUUCAAGACGAUCUCUCCUCUCGCAUUUUCCAAGCGCGACAUCGCUUUUCUCUCGCACACAAAAAUUUUCCAAGUGUGAGGUCGAGCUGAGCAAAAAACGAUAUCGCGCCGUGGUGAAUUCCGGCAUUUACUAAGCGCAAAAUCGCACUUCUCUCGCACUCAAAAAGUAUCCAAAUGGGAGAGAAAAGAGCGAUAUUGUGCCGCAGAAAAUGCAAGACCGGCGCAGCGAAAAAUUAGCACUUUUGCGAUAUCGCCUUCAGUAAAGAUGAAUGCUUAGUCUGGCGCGAGAGAAAAGCGUUUACAAAAAAAUCUCUCCUCUCGCAUUCCCAAUACGCGAUAUCGCAUUUGUCUCGCAUUCAUAAAGUUCGAGGUCGCGCUGAGCAAAAAGCGAUAUCGCGCCGUGGUGAAUUCCGGCAUUUACUAAGCGCGACAUCGCAUUUAUCCCGCACUCAAAAAAUGUCCAAAUGGAAGGUCGCGCUGAGAAAAAAGUGGUAUCGCGUUGCGGAAAACGCAAGACAAGCGCAGCUGAAAAGCAGCACUUUUGCGAUGUCGUCAAUCUAGUUUUCCUUGUUGAAGGGGUCAAAAAAAAUUCAGUAACGUUUUCGAAAUUGUAUGAUAUCCAUCCUGAACCUUCGUAGCAGUUCUGAAAAAUUAAAAAAUCAACAGAUACGAACAAAAAGACGUGAUUAUUCGAAUCUUCAGAACUAUCUGUCCCGACAUCCGUCAUGUGCCAUGGAACAACUGAUUUCGUAUUGCGCCGACGCCGCAUCCGGGAUGGCUCAUUUGGCCAGUAGAAAUGUACUUUUUCCUUUCACUUUAGAUGGAUAAAAUUUGUUGAUACCAUUAUUCAGAUUGUGUUCCGGGACUUGGCCGCCCGAAAUUGUCUUCUUUCGGACACGGGCGCUCUGAAAAUCUCCAACUUUAGCAUGGCUCUCAACAACAAGAAUGUCCAACGGGAAGCCCGCCUUCCUACCGCAAUCGUCAAGUGGAUGUCCCCGGAAACAUUGACCAAGGUUUUUCAGGAUACCGCGACGCGACCGCAACGCUUCUAAAAACAACUCUAGAGUAGGCCCUAGAGGGGCUAGGGAAAAUUAACAGCCCCUAUAGGGGACCAAAUAGUGAUCCCUAUGGUGAUUCGAGGUCUGUAUUUUAAGCCACUUAAGCUUAAGUGGUCCCAAUGGGGGUAUUUUAAUUUUUUUUUUUCAAUGGGCGUAUAAGAACCAUCAGAAUGCUUUCCUAGAGUGGUAACGUUUACAAACCCCUAUAGGGUUAGGUAAAGUGGUCACUAGAGGGGGAUCUUGAAGGACUCGUAAGCUUGUCCCUACAGGGACCACUCUGGCGUUCCUAAUCAAGAUAUUUUGUGAGUUCACCGCCGUAACUUGGAAUAACGGAAAACUUCGUAUUUGAACUUCUUUUUAGUAUACCUGUAAACCAACUUUUACGGUUUUUGAGCUGAAAUUUGUAAAGGACAGAAUGAAAAUCCAUUGCGUGGGGCUCCUGUAUCAUUCACAGGCUUUUCAGGGUAUCUUCAACGAAAAGACGGACGUUUGGUCGUUCGGCGUACUCGUUUGGGAGAUUUUGCAUCGUUGCUCCAGUGAACCUCUGCCCCUUCUGGCCAACAGGGAAGCGGCGAACGCUAUCGCGGUUAGUCUGAGCCAUCGAAAAAAAAGGGUCCUGACACGAAAAGAAAAGAGACCACGCCCUCUUAGCCUCCCAAGCUAGCCGUGAAUCGGCUAUAUCUAUCAUCACUAGAUUAUUUCAAAUUAUGUAAUUUUUUGAGUCAUAUUUAUCGCAACAGACAUCGUAAACGCUUUCACGGUUUUAUCUUGGCCAAAAUACCGUAUACCUUUGGAUUGAAGGUCUUGAAGCGAAGCACGCAGAAACGCGUAGGUCUUGAAGCGAAACACACCAAAAAGCUUGGUGUACUGUGGCUUUUUCAGUUUUUUUAAUUCUGGCGAGUUUGCGCGGGAUGUUGUUUCACUUCAAAUGUCACACACUGUUGAACUUCCUAUAGUGUACAGAUUUUGAAUUUCAAGUCAUAGCUCAAGCUUCGCCCAUAAUGACGCCAUAAACCAAUCAAAGAGCGAGCCACCCACAGAGAGUUCUCGAAUGACGUCAUUGGACUUGACAAUUGAAACUUGAGCCGACCAUAUCAAUUUUUUUCUAAUUUUUAUCACUUUUUCAAAUUUUUCAGAAAGGAAAUGUGACGCUACGGGCGCCGAAAGAGGCACCGGAACUCAUUGAAAAUACGAUGACGAUGUGUUUGAACCGGGUGAGGAUGACAAUUUUUUUAAUUCGAAAUUUAUAGAUAUCUCUGUAGAAAAAAUCCAGAAGAACGGUAUUUUUAUGGAAUUUUUCAUUCAAAUCCGAUUAAUUUCAUCGACUUAAAACGGCAAUUAGUUCUCAUUUUCAUACAAAAUCCGUGAAAAGUUUUAAAUUGGCUGCAAAAAAACACUUUUCGCCAACUCAGUCAAAGUCGGAAUGGUGGAUAAUGGCCGCUGAAAGGGAAAGGCUCAAAAAAGGCUGUAGAAAGGUUGCAAAAAGGCUGCAAAAAGACAGCAGAAAGGCUGCGAAAAGGCUGCAAAAAGGCUGCAAAAAGGCUGCAAAAAAGCUGCAAAUAGAGUCCCUUUAUCGAGCCUUCCAUUUUUCCUGGGAUUUUUAAGGCUCAAGAAAUGGUGAAAAAUGGGAGAGACAGCAUAAAUGGUGCAUAAUUGCCGUUAAAAUGGCCCAAAAAGGCAGCAAAUAGGGAAAUUUUCUAUGGAGCCUUUUCCGACCAUUUCGACCAAUAAAAAUCCAGUACUUUUUCUUCUAUUCAGGACCCCGAGAAGCGACCAACGUUUGCCGAUAUUCUGAGCUCCCUCCGACCUGACGACACCUUCAAUCUCCUGAACCUCACAUGUCAAACCCCGCCGGUCGCAAUCAAUUCCUGUCGCACGGCGGCGAUCUCUCCAAAAAGUCUGAUGGUGGCAGUCCAGCCGUCUCCAUCGACGACGACGUCUCCGUCGAUGAUGACGGCCCUGACGACUCCCUCGCCAGUCGCCACGACGCCAGCCAUACCAAGCCCCAAGGCGACAACGCCGACGAACGUCGGUCCGCCUCUGCAGAAGAAAGACUCCGAUCCCAAGCAGCGUCCGACCAAGGAGAAGACGAUCAACGACAGUGUCCUGGGCGCCUCCCCGCUACCCCCGACGACGCCGACGAACGUCGGUCCGCCUCUGCUGAAGAAAGACUCCGAUCCAAAGCAGCGUCCGACCAAGGAGAAGACGAUCAACGACAGUGUCCUGGGCGCGCUACCUCCACCCUCGCCCAAGGUCAAGCCGAAGCCACCGCCGGUGAAAGCGCCAGCGAGAAAGCCGGAGGAAGACGACGACGAGUCGUACGACAGCGUCGAGGAGAACGACAACAAGUCCGUCUCCCUGUACACUGAGGAUACGGAUGUCGAGUCGGCCUUGCCCGUUGAUCGCCCUCGGAGGAAGCCCUGA